CGAGCCCCGGGCUCAAGGGCCCACCCGCCCCUCGCGGCGCGUCCCCGGGCUGCUGCCCGCGGGCCAUGCACGCCCUGCUCGGGUGCUGCGCGGGCGGGGAGCGGGGGGCCGCCUCGCCGGAGGCGGCCGGUGCCCGCUCCAGGGGCGCGGGCGGGCGGCGCGCGGCGGCCGCCGCGGGGGAGGAGGCUCGCGGCGCCGCCAGGGCCAAGCUGAUGGAGCUGUGGGGUUCACUGGUGUUGCACCGCCGCGCGUGCGACGCGCAGGACAUGCCCACGAGGUACGAGGAGUUGGCGAGCCUCUUGGGCAGCUAUGACGACCUUCAUCCUGAAGCUUGCAGGCGCAAGAGGAUUUCCAGCCAGGGCGCGGUAUGCUUGGCGCGGGUGCGUUGGCGCGAGACCGAGUACACUGGUCUCUUCGAGGGAUCUGACAAUUGCUUAUUGCGCUUGUCGUCGGCGCUGCCCACCAACCUGUCCGAUCCCACGGCUCCCAUCAUGCCCAAUGCCCUUGGGAGCUUGCAGGAUACUGUUCUGGUGCCCUUCGUGGCCCUCAAGGUCUUUCGCGCUUGCUUCGGAAGCGGGAACCUAGUAUUCGGGGGCCGCAAGACCGGCCAGAGCGAGCCAGACUACUUCAAGCACUGCCUCAGCACGCACCUGACCGAGCGAACCAGCGCCGCGCUGUGGCCCGUGAUGAGGGUCUUCAGGAGGCACUCCCAGUAUCCCAUGCAGAUGGGGCUCAGCGACUUCGCCGCCGUGGGCCAGGACCCGCUGCCAUCAUGCUGAAGAUGAUGCUGCCCAGCUAGCGCGCGGCCGCAGGACGGAACCCCUGCCGGCGAGAUCCGGUUCCCGUGGGCUCUCCUGUUGCGCCCGAGCUCGCCGGAGGCGCGCGGUGCAGGAGGGGGCGUCGCCGGCAACUUCCUGCAGCAGUUGUCCGCGCUGCAGCCAGGCACCACCGUGUACCACAUCUCGGCGGCGCGCGAAAGAGGGCGGGGCGAGUGUCGAAGAGGGUCGGGCGUUCUCGAACGGGGGGCAGUGCAUGAAGGAUGGACAAACGUGCUCCUUUCGUGCACCUGCUGGGUCCGCGGUGGCUCGGCCACGCGCGGAGGGGCAAGGGG